AUGUUUCAGAGGUAUAAAAGUUUGGGAAAGAGUAAAUGGUUGGGAGACCUGUAUAAGGACAAAGAAAAAUGGGUUCCUUGUUUCGUGAAGACCUAUUUUUGGGAAGGAAUGUCGACUACUCAACGUUCGGAAAGUAUGAAUGCAUUUUUUGAUAAAUAUGUUACAUCAAAGACAUCGUUGAAAGAAUUUGUCGAGAAAUACGAACUUGCAUUAAGAGAUAAAAUAGAAAAGGAGCUUAAGGCAGAUGCAAAGUCAUUUUUUACUAUCAUCCCAACCAAAACUCAUUAUGAAAUGGAAAAACAGGUUCGAAGCAUUUACAUUAACGAAAAGUUCCUCGAGUUUCAAAUGGAGUUAUUAAAGAAGACAUAUUGUGAAGUGAUUGAUGUUGUUGGUGAUUCCCCCGUGUUUACGUAUCACAUACAAGAAGAAAAAUGGAUACCAAAGCCAAAGGAGGAGGAAAAUGCUUGUCUUGAAAGUACUCCUGAAAAUGCUUGUCUUGAAAGUAAUGUUCUUGAAAGUAUUCCUGAAACUCCAUCUGAAGAUGAAAAAGAAAAAAUUAUGAUAAGAGUUAUCUACAAGGUGUCAUUUCAAAAAGAUGAUUGUAAAUUUGAGUGUAGUUAUCAUAAUUUUGAGUUUCGGGGUAUUGUAUGCAGGCAUGUGAUUAUGGUGUUACAUCGUAAUGAUAUAUUUGUGCUUCCAGAAAAAUACCUUUUACAAAGAUGGCGAAAAGAUGUGAAACGAUUACACACAGAUAUUCAAUACAGUUCUGAUGCUUGGAAAUUAACUCCCAAACAGAAGCGAUACAAUGAGUUAUGCAAUUCCUUUGCUGUGCUUGCAGAUGCAGCGUCUUCAAAUGAUGUCAAGUUUGCAGAUAUUAAGAAAUGGAUACAAGCGCAAUUGAAGGUCAGUAAUUUCAAUGAGGAGUCUACUUGCAAGUUGAAUGCCACUGUGGAAACUACUAACUCUCCACCGAUUGAAAGUAAAAAUAUCCGUAAUCCACCCGCAGCACCAAAAAAAGGUCGUCCUAAAGAAAACACACCUAAAGCUAAAGUGUAUACUAAAAACCAAGAAAAAAAAAAGAAAAUGCAGAGGUAA